GUCACUCUUGGUUUUCCCUUGUUUAAGGAGUCGAUUUGUAACACACAUUUUUUUCCUAAAAAGAAAAGAAUGGUAAGAUUAACCCUUAGGGAUUUAACUGAAAGAAAACAAAUAGUUGAAGACAAAGGAUGAUGGGUUGGGACUAAGGAGUUUAAACAGAGAAAUAUUUGUAGCCUUAAACACCUAGCGAGUAGGUGAUCAGAAGGCUAAGCACGUGGAUGAUGGCUAUCUCUCUCACUCUCUACCUAGGAUUAUUACACGACAAAGGAAUAAAGUUUAUCUUAAUUUAGGCCUAGUCUUAAAUAUUAGUGAUUUUAAUAAUUUGCCAUGUGGACAUUGUCAUUUUUGUCUGACCAAACUAAUGCACUUGGGAGCAAUGAACUAUUACAGUGGAGCAAAUUUAAAACCGCAACAUCAGUUUCCAUAUAAUGAUAUAAUCCCACAACUCGCAUAAAAUAGUACUUGUAUUUAGUUAUACUUAUAAGUAUUGACAUAGAAAGUUUAUUUAUGUAUAUUAACUGAAACUAAAAACCAGAUGAAAAAGAAUACCAACAAAAUUUGGUUUACAACAAAUUUGUUAAAAAAUUCAGAAAUAAUACUAUCAUCUUCUCAGUAUUUGAAUUAGAUGGCUUUUUACUCAAAUCAGCAUUUACUCUACUCAUCUGAUUUGUGAUUUGUAAAUGUCACAUACUAUAUUAGACUACCACAUCAAUCUCUUUUACAUAUAUAAAAAAACUCAUGACUUGGGGAUCAUUAUAGAGCACAACCGGAUGAGAUCCUAGCAUGUUGAUCAAAUCGCCGAGUAUAAAUCUUAAUCUGGUACCUUAUUGUUAGUUCGUUAAGUAGUGUUCUGAAACCAGUCUUAAACUCAUCAAAAGUAACAUUCCAGUCCUUUUUUUUUUUGAACACAAAGUAACAUUCAAGUCUUUUUUUUAUCAACAGUAACAUUCAUGUCUAAAACAAGUAAUCUACCACGUUUUACCUCGUCAACAAUAAACACCCACCCUUUAUUGUCAUCUAUUCUCCAUUCACCACAUAUUAUGUAUAUGAAAAUUAUAUUAACGUAGAAGAACCGUGAAAAAAAACAGUAGAAAAAAGAAGGGCAAUUCUUCCAAAUAGACUUUUUUUAAGUUUUAUAAGAAAUAAUAAUUAUUAUUAAAUAAAUAAAUAUUUGUAAAAAUUGUUUUAAUAUAUGUCAUAAUCUUAAAUUUUCUUAUUGACACAUUUUUAUAAUCCUAAACAAAAGACAAUUGUAAAAUAUAAUUUCUUCCUAUAGUUCGUAUUCAUUUAUGAAUUUCUUGAAUUCAUUGUUUCCUUGAUAAUUCAUGUUAACCAAUUAAUUAAUAAUUUGGGUUAAUUUUUUUUUUAAACGUUAUCUUGUAUUUUUCUUGAUUGGAAAAGCGUUUAAUUAAAUCAUAAUGACACAGCGGCUUUGAUUCUUAAUAUAUCAAAAUCAUAAGAAUCAGUUUUUAUUUUCAAAUCACUAACAAACAUGUAUUAACGUGAUAAAGUGACGUUAUAACAAAGCUACAUUAUUACUAAUGAGGUCAAGGCGUUCUUUAGAGCAUCUCCAACCCAUUGUUAUUUUCACCUCUAUAAUAGUAUUUAGAGGUGAAAUUGCUCUAACCCACCUCUAUUUCUUUCUCUAUAAUAGAAAUUUCUAUUUUUUCCUUUAUUUAUAGAGGAAGAAAUAGCAUUUCUCUAUUUUUUACUCUAUAUUUUAGAGAUUGCUAUUUUAGAGGAAUACAUUAGAGCAUAUCUCACCUCUAUUAUAGAGUUUCCUUAUUUUAGAGGUGAAAAUAGCAAAAUACAUUGAAGAUGGUAUUAGGACAUUAUAAUUAAUGGUCUCUAUGUACAAAAGCAUAAGUAUAAUAGUGACACCUUAACUGUAUGACAAUUAUGAUAUAAGAUAUAGCAGUAUUAAUAGUAAAUAAAGUUUAGAGAAGUUUUAAGAAAGAAAAACUUAUUUCUUGUAUUUACUAUUGUGUUUGGUUAAAUAAGUAUGUGAGAGUUUAGCACUAUAUAAAUGUUAAUAUUUGUCGUUUUUUUGUUUAUGAUUUUUAACAAAAAAAACUACUAUUAAAAAGGAAUAAUGGUUAUUAUAAGGAAAAUUUUAUUUUUGAAAAUCUGUUUUAAGAUUUUUAAAAGCAAAUCUACUAUCAAAUACUCUUUUACAAAAAUUUUAAUGUUUAUAAUUUUCGAAAAGGAAAAUUACCAUCACUUAAACAGUUAAACUUAUACAAUUAUCCUUUUUUAAUUUUAGAAAAAUAAAAAUUUCAUAUUACUAUCAAAUAAUUUUUAAAAUUAAUUACUAUUUUACAAUUUGUUUUUAUUUAUGUCAUUACUAUUAUUUUAAGUAAAUAAUUUUUAAUAUAAUUUUCUUCACGAAAUUAUUUAAAAAAGGAAAAUAAGUAUCAAAUAAGUUUUAUAAUUCUCUUUUCUUAAGGAUUUGUAAAAAAGAAAACUAAUAACUUACAUCAAUUAUGUUAAAUAAUUAUAAUUAUAUAUUUAUAAAUAAUUCUAACACAUGUCACAAUCUUAAUUUUUAUUGACAUGGGUUAGAUCAUGUUAAUUAGUAAUGUUGAGGUACUAAACUCUAUAUAAUAAAAUACUCCGUAUUAUGUAUUAGCUAAAUUCCCAAGAAAUCAAACUCGGACUUUUACAAUUCCCUAAUUCUCCUUUAUCCUAUCACAAAAGCUCUCCGGUGAUUUUAAUGAGCUUCUUCUCCUGCUCUCCGCUUUGUUUCCUCCUCUCAUUCUCUCUGUAAUCAUCAAUCGUCUUUUUUAUUAUUUCUCAGCAGGUUUCUAUUUCGCUUUCUCUUCCUCGUAAUAUCAGUCAUCUUUCUCUUCAACGCGAAGAAAAAAAUCAGAGGAAUUUAUGAAAAUGACGCUGAAUAUAUUUAGUUACGAUUGUUUUCUAGCUUUCCUCAGAUUUUGGAAAAAUAAUAACUACAAAUAGAAUACACGUUUCAAUCGAGGUGGAGCACUGACAUUUUGUUGGAAUAGAAAUUAUAAUAUGUUUAGAACAUAGCAUAAAUGCUAGAACAAACUAAAAUACUUGUUUUAUCUAGGGUAGAUAGUAGAGUAAAAGUUAGGCUAAGAGUUUUGAGAUUGUGGCUAAUAUUUGAAUAUUUUGGUUACACUUUGAGAAUCAAAACAAAUAUGUUUCGAAGGAAAAUAGGACAUUUAACAAAAUGUAUCUUAAAUAAGAAAAUCACUAUGACAACGUUUGGCGACAGUUCAACCAAUUCUAGAUAAAAAUAAGUCUUGGUGUUAUGAGUUAUGACUGCAAUAGUUCCAUUAUUUUAGGAUACUAUUUUUUUCAUUAGGAAAUACUGUUAUAAUUUACAAAGCAAAAGUACCCGUUUUGAAACUUUCAUAUUGUCGAUUCAUAAAAAAAAUAGGUAAAUGAAAUUUGAGGUCCUACGAAUCUUCUAUAUCGCUAUCGACCAUUGCAAAAUUUAGAUUGUUCUUGAGAAAAGAAAGAUGAAAUGUAAGAGUAAUUGUAGAAAUAUUCUUUGUUAUACAAAAUUUUUUUAGUAACUGUUAUAAAAAGAGUCAUGUACUGUCGUCUAUUUUUUUUUUCAUUUUUGAAAAACUAUUCAGUUAUAAAGAUAACUGUAAUGACGACACAAUUUGCAUAAAAUAUGAUCUGGCUAUGACGUUGAUCGGAAGUCUAAAUGGUGCGUCAAAAAGAGUUAGAUGGUAACCAUUCAUAUUUGUACAACAACCGUUAUAAUAUGUGAUUUUUUCGUGAUUAUGCUCAGAUAUAAAUAUUUACAAAAUAGAUACAUUAAAAAAAUUUGUUAAUAUUUUAUUUUUAUUUCAAAAUUAUAUACAUUGUAAUUUUAAGCAUGAUUUAUUUUAAAUAAUAUAUGUUAUUUUCUUUAGACAUAUGAUUUUGAUAUAUAAUAUCUCAUUUUUUGGUUAACAUACAUUUUUCCGAUUCAAAAAUAAUAUUUUUGUUCUAUAGAUUAAAAUUUGACUAAUUUUGUUAUUUUCAUUUAGUUUGAUUCUGGUCUUAAAUUUUUAAAUAUAUUUAGUAACAAUAUAUAAAAUUUAAUAUAUGUUAUUUUGAGUACCAGAUAGUAAAAUAAACUAAAGUGUUGAUUGAUUUGAAGUUACAUAAAUGAAAAUAACAUCAAUAAUAUUUUGAGAUCUCAUACACACAUAUAUAUAUAUAUAUAAGUUAUACAUAUGAACUUAAUUGUAAAAGUUGGUUAAUGUCUUCAUAAUAUUAUUUGAGAAUUUAUUAUUUAUUUAUUGGUAUGUUAAGUCGUUAUAUAUUUAUAUAUUAUUAUAAAUAAUAAUAUAUUAUAAUUUUAGUUAAUUUUUUUGGUUUUGAGUAAAAAAUGGGAUUGGUCUAGUUACUCUUUUGGGAUAUCUUGUGUUAUAUAUAUUCCUUCAAAUUAAAGAACAACUAUUUUUCAUUUUUUUUACAACUAUUAUUCAUUUAAUAAGUCAAAUUAAAUUAAUUGCAGUCAUUAUAUUAGUUUAGUUCUUAAUUUUAUAUGUGUAAGUAUAUUUUCAUUUUAAAAUAAUUUGGUAUAUGUUAAUUUGAAAAAAUAAAACUACAAAAAAUAAAGUGAUAAUCGAGACAAAUUUACAUAAAAAAACAUAACCAAUUUUUUUAAAAAGGGAAUAUCAUUUUUACAAUUAUUAAUUUUUUCUGCCAUAAUUAUAAAACUAUAUUAAAUUUGAAGCAAAACUUAUUUUGUAUUAUAUUCUUGUUAAAAUAUUUGCUCAUCUUUGAGAAAAACUCCUUAAUAUGUGAAAGUGUAAAUUGAUAUAAUAUAUUGAGUUGUAAGUAUAAAGUUAUAUUAUAUAAAUCAUUUGCUAUUUAAAUGAUGAGGCCACAUUAUGUUAAUGUGCUUUAGGCCAAAAAUUAAUAGUAAAAAAAAUUAAUAGUAUACAUAUUAUUACUAAACCUUAAUCAUAUAUACAUGCAUGCGUACAUAUGCUAAGGUAAUAUCCAAGAGGACGAAUACAAAAACUAUACAAUAUAACACUGAAUUUGCUGGAAGGGCAGGUAUGGGGCAUUUCAAAUUGGGAGUUGGAGUUUGGUGUUUCUGAUCUACAAAAAAGAAUAGUAGUGUGAAAAAAUGAAUAUGGACAGAGUGAUUUCUCAAGAAAAAAUCAAACAGGUUAAACACGUAAAGUAUGCGCAUGGUAGCGUUUUCAUGCACCGACCAUUGACUGACUUAGUCAAUCACUAGCCGAUUUCACAUUAUUCAACAUUUAAAUAUUAAUUUCUCACUUAUUUACUAAAAACAAAAAUUAUACUAUUGCGUGUUGUGUUGAAAAAAAACUACUACAUGUAAAGUUACCCAAAGAAAAUAGGGAAAUUGCCAAAAAUAUUGUAGUCAUAGUACUAUUUUUCAUGUUUACACUAACCAAUUUUACCUUCACUUUUAACAAAGAAUAAAAAACAUUUAUAACUCUAGGUUUAACUAAUCUAGACUUAGGGUUUAUAGUUAAGAGGUGGAUAAAGUUUUUUUGGAAUGUGAAAGUUAUGAUUCUAAUAAAUAUAUAAUAAAUACUUAAAAUAAAUAAAAAAUUUUAAAAAUAGUUUCAAACAUAAUUUUCAAUUUUCAAAAGAAAUUUUGAAAAAAACAAAUUUGAAAAAAGUUCAAAAAAAAGAAUUAUAAAAAAUUUCGAAUUUGAAAAAGUAUAAUUCGAAAUCAUAAUUUUUUUUCUUUUUUUUAUUUUAAAUAAUUAUUUAUUAUAUAUAUAUAUAUAAAUGGUAUAAAAGUUUUUUUCCACUUAAUGAAAAAAUUUAUUUUUAGAAAUAUUCAUUUAGUGGUGGUAAAGAUGAAUAAUGGUACCAAGAAAGUGGUAAACAUGAAAUUCCCUCAAAAAUAUAUCAUUUUAAUUCUUAGGUAUAUGUAAUAUUUACACUUUAAUAAUACAUAUAGAGAAAAACUCUAAGAUAGUCCUAAAAAUGUUUUUGUCACAAAUAUACCUCUAACCAAAAUGGUUCAUCGAAGAGAUAAAUAUACACUUAGUGUUAAAAAAAUGUAAAAAAAAAACAAUUUUUAUCUUGGUAAAUAUAUAUAUAUAUAUAUAUAUAUUUUUUUUUUGACAUCGGUAAAUAUAUAUUUAUACCCUUAAGAUUAAUCAAUCUAGAUUUACGGUUUAGAGUUAAAGAAUGGGGUUUGAGGAUUGAGGUUUAAAAUUUUUAACAGUAAAUAUUAAAUUUUUAAAAAUAAAAUUUUUAAAUAUUUUAAAUAUAGCUUCAAAAAGCAUUUUCAAAUUUCAAAUUAUUUUUUGAACAACUAAAACAAAUUGUUUUUAAAAAAUCAAUUUUUUUUAAUUUGAAAGUUCGAAAUUGAAAACAUAUAAUUUGAAACUAUACAAUUUUUAUUUUAUUUUAUUUAUUAUUUAUUUGUAUUUAUAUAUCUAUGGUAUAAGGGUCUUUUCUUUCUUUAAUAAAAUCUAGUUUGGUCAUUUUUUUUCUUUUGAGGCUUUUUAUGAUAAAAUUUUUAAAAAAAUUCUAUUUAAGAGAAUUGCCCAUAUAUAUAUACCCGUAUAUUUAAUCAGCAGAUGUCUGAUAAAUUUUUAAUUUUUAAUCAGAUAUUUUAUUGCAUGCUAAAAUUAUUAAAAGUAAUAAUUGUUUUGUGAAAGAAUAAUUAAAACACAUAAAAACCUUCCUUAAAUUUAUAGUUAUAGAAUUAGGAUGACAAAAGAAAUACUUAAUAUACACAUAUAUUUGUUUAUUUAUAUUUUAGAAUAUUUUCUCUGAAUAUUAGUAUGUAAGUUUUUGCUUAAACUCGUUAGUGUAAAACUUUUCUUUUAAGUUCAGUUCUGUUUUUUUUUGUUGCCAUCAGUUCAGAUCUAAAGCAAAGAACUUAGUGAAACAUAUUGCAAAAAGUACUAAAACAGACUAUAUACUGCUCUGAGUAUUAGUAUGUAUGUAAUUUCACACCUUUAAAGAAAUAGAAAACCCAAUCCUAACCCCAAAUAAUAAGUUAAAUCUCGAACUUAAAUUUUUUUCCUCUUUCCGAUUAGUUGUCAAUUUAUCAUUCAAGAUUUUCAAACAUUCAACGGUCAAUUUUUCCGAUUCCUAACAGCUAGCGAAUAAUCAAAUCAUAUGACAUAAAAACCUUCUUCAUUCACUUUGACCCACUCGCGUUUCCAGAAACCUAUGACCAACCAUUAUCAUCACAUUACAAAACAUAUAUAAACUCUUCCCAACUUGUCUCCUUCAUUAGUAUGAGACAGUCAAAGAAAGUUUAUUUAUUUUUCCUUAACCUCCUCUUGUUAUGGGACUUUCGUUGAGAAUGAGACGGCGAGGAGGAGCCAAGAAGGACAUACUAACUCCGGCGAUGAGUUCCUCGGAGGAAGAGGAGGAAGAAAUCGUUAUUCCGUCGCAGUUUCAGUGUCCGAUAUCGUACGAUUUAAUGAAAGACCCGGUGAUUAUCGCCUCGGGGAUUACCUACGACCGCGAAAACAUCGAGAAAUGGUUUGAGUCAGGUAACCAAACGUGUCCGGUGACUAACACGGUUCUAGCCACUUUGGAACAGACACCGAACCACGCGAUUCGGAGGAUGAUCCAAGAAUGGUGCGUCGCUAAAGGAUCAUCGUUAGAUCGUGUUCCGACCCCACGUGUUCCCAUUUCAAGUCAUCAAGCGAUCGAGAUUUGCGGGAAGCUAUUGUCUGCGACGCGGCGUGGAGAUCACGUGGUGUGUGUGGAGAUGGUCGAGAAAAUGAAGAGGUUAGGGCAAGAGAGUGAGAGGAACACGAAAUGUUUUAAAGCAAACGGCGUCGGAUUGGUUCUUUGCGUUUGUUUCAACGCGUUUUCCGAAAACGCAAACGCGUCGGAGUUGUUGGAGGAUGUUUUGCUUUUGCUGACGUGGAUGUUUCCUAUUGGGUCGGAAGGUCAAGCGAAUUUAACUUCCACGACGUCGUUUACGCGUAUAGUGGGGUUUCUGAAAAGCGGUGAUCAAAACGCCGCGUUUUUGGUCAAGGAGCUUUUAUCUCUCGACGAAGCAAUCGUGCACAAGUUAGCCGCGAUUAACGGCGUUUUCGACGCGCUGGUGAAAUCGAUUCGCGAUUCGUCGUCCCUGACUUCGAUCUUCCACAUGAUCUCCGCCAAACCAGAGACUACCUCGAGAUUUAUGGAGCUGGGUCUGGUUAAUUCAACGGUGGAGAUGCUUGUUGACUCAGAGAAUAGCGUUUGCGAGAAAGCGUUACUGGUUCUAGACGCGAUUUGUGAAAGUAACGAAGGGAGGACGAUAGUGAGAGGAAACGAGCUAGUGAUGCCGAUUCUGGUGAAGAAGAUUCUGAAGAUUUCAGAGUUUGCGAAGAAGAGUUUGGUUUCUGUGAUGUGGAAGAUUUGUAAAAGUGGAGAUGGGUCUGAGGUUGAGGAAGCGUUGCGAUUAGGUGCGUUUAAGAAGCUUGUUGUGAUGUUACAAGUUGGAUGUGGAGAAGGGACGAAGGAGAAAGUUACAGAGUUGUUGAAGAUGAUGAAUAGACAUAUGAAGAUGAAUGGAUUUGUUGAUGUUUCUGAUUCUUCAAUUGAAUUUAAGCAUUUAAAGAAGCCUUCUUAAUUCACUUUUAUUUGUUAAAUAAGUGGAAACAACAUUUGUUUUCUAAAUCAUAGACAAUUUUGAUUCAAAAAAACAAGAGUUCAAGUUCCAGGUCUGUUUCGCGUUGGGAGGGAUCUUUAUUCAGAUUAUUGAUUUCAGGUUCA